UUCCUACUAACAUGGCCUUCAAGAGAGCCAAGUUGGUUCUAAUAUUCCUUCAACAAUACAUUCUAUUAGUCUUUUGUCAUGGCUACCAACACUCUUUGCUCACAGACAAAGCUGCUCUGUUAGCCUUCAAAAUGGCCAUAGUUUCUGACCCAAAUUCUGUACUAACUAACUGGGAUGAAGCCUCCGACGUAUGCAACUUCACCGGAGUCAUAUGUCAUUGGCGUCAUCACCACCGUGUGGUAAGACUCAUUCUCAAUGGAACUCUUAUUGGGGGUCAGCUUUCUUCCUCCAUUGCAAAUCUCACUGGUCUUCGUUACAUUUUUCUCUCCGAUAACCACUUAUACGGCGUUAUUCCACCUGAAUUAUCCUCCCUCCGACAUCUCCAAAAACUUCGGCUUGAUGGAAAUAAUCUACAUGGUAGUAUACCAGAGUCUCUCUCCUUUCUUUCUAAGCUUAUUUCUCUCCGCCUUCGCAGAAACAAUCUUACAGGUACAAUUCCACCUUCUAUCUUCUCAAACUGCACCUCCUUGAUAUAUGUAGAUCUUUCUGAAAACAAACUCACAGGCCAAAUUCCACCAGAGAUUGGAAUUCCAACAGGUAUAUGGCACAUAAAUUUAUUUACAAAUUCCUUGAGUGGAAAAAUUCCAGAAACUCUAUCAAAUUUGUCAGGAUUGCUUCAAUUUGAUGUGGAAAGCAAUUUCCUUUCUGGUGAAUUGCCAACAGAAAUUAUUGAGAAGCUUGGAGGCCUUGUCUAUCUUCAUUUAUCCUAUAAUCAUAUGGUUAGCCAUGACAAUAAUACUAAUCUUGAGCCAUUCUUCACUUCUCUCACAAAAAAUCCUGAGCUUGAAGGGCUUGAAUUAGCAGGUAUGGGCCUUGGAGGAAGAUUGUCUGAUACUAUAGGUCAACUUGGUGCUGGAUUAUCACAUCUUGAACUACAAGAAAACCGAAUUUUUGGGCCGAUCCCUUCAAAUAUUGCAAACCUCAAAAAUCUCACUCUUUUGAACUUGUCAAGCAACCUUUUAAAUGGAACGAUUCCAGCAGAGAUUGAUGGUCGUUUCAACAUGCUACAAGAACUUAUGUUGUCUAACAACUCUCUAACAGGUCCAAUUCCAGCUACACUGGGACAUAUUACUUCAUUGGGUCUAGUUGACUUGUCAAAUAACAGUUUAAUUGGAGAGAUUCCACCAAGUCUAGGGAAUCUUAGUGAAUUAACUUAUUUGUACCUCAACAACAAUCUUCUUUCAGGAGCUAUACCUCCAGAGAUAGGUCACUGCAAGGACUUGUACAGGCUAGAUUUGUCUUAUAACAGAUUAAAAGGGAGGAUCCCUGGACAAAUAUUAUCUGGUCUUAAUGAGAUCAGAAUGUUUUUAAAUCUUUCUCAUAAUUUUCUUGAAGGGAAUUUGCCUCUUGAAAUUAGCAAGAUGGAAUCAGUUCAAGAGAUUGAUCUGUCAGCAAACAAUCUGUCUGGAAACAUAUUUCCUCAAUUGUCAAACUGUCUUGCUGUUACCCUAAUCAAUCUGUCCUAUAAUUCUUUUGAAGGGCAGCUUCCUGAAUCUUUAGGUGAUCUUCGGAAUCUUGGAAUACUAGAUGUUUCCAACAAUCACUUAUCCGGUGGGAUUCCGGCAAGCCUCAGCAAAUGUCCUAGUCUCAAGCUAAUGAAUCUUUCAUUUAAUGACUUCAAUGGAUCAAUACCUAAUACUGGUGGAAUCUUCAAUUUGGUUACAAAUCUUUCUUUCUUAGGCAACAUACAUCUAUGUGGAUCAGUUCCAGGCUUUCGCGUUUGUCAUACAAAGAAACACUACUGGGUCCAUUCGCGUAAGAAUCUGAUCUUGGUUUGUGUUAUCGGAUCUGUUUUUGCAUUCCUAGCCACAGUAGUUUGUGUGAUCGGAUUGAGGCGCAUCAAAGGAAUGCUGUCCUCUAGAAAAGAGGAAGCUUUCGGUGAUUCCACACCUGCACUGAGGUCCAAAUUCCCUAGAAUAACUCAUAGAGAACUAUCAGAGGCCACUAGAGGAUUUGACGAAGAGAGGCUGAUAGGAUCAGGUAGUUAUGGACAUGUCUAUAAAGGAGUUCUAGGGGAUGGGACUCUUGUAGCAGUCAAAGUGCUAAAGUUGCAAACAGGAAAUUCUACAAAGAGCUUCAACAGAGAAUGCCAAGUCUUGAAAAGGAUUCGUCACAGAAACUUGAUGAGGAUCAUUACUGCUUGUAGUUUACCAGAUUUUAAGGCUCUUGUUCUUCCUUAUAUGGCAAAUGGGAGCUUGGAGAGUCAUCUUUAUCCCUCACAUCAAGAUCAAGGGACAGGUUUGCGUUCAGGUUCUUCAGAUUUGAGUUUGAUCCAGAGGGUAAACAUUUGUAGUGAUAUUGCUGAAGGGAUGGCUUAUUUGCACCAUCACUCUCCAAUCAAGGUUAUACACUGUGAUCUGAAGCCUAGUAAUGUUCUCCUCAAUGAUGAAAUGACUGCUUUGGUUUCUGAUUUUGGGAUUGCAAGAUUGGUGAUGAAUGUUGAAGCAGGAAAUAAUGGGGGUGUUGAGAACAUGGGAAAUUCUACAGCAAAUAUGUUAGCAGGGUCAAUUGGAUACAUUGCACCAGAGUAUGGAUAUGGAGCAAAGACAUCAACAAAAGGUGAUGUUUACAGCUUUGGCAUUUUAGUACUUGAGAUGGUCACUAGAAAAAGACCCACAGAUGACAUGUUUGCCAGUGGUUUAAGCCUUCAUAAAUGGGUGAAAAAUCACUUCCAUGGGAGGGUAGAGAAGGUUAUAGACUCUUCUCUGAUGAGAGCUGAAAGAGAUCAGUCUCCUGAAGUUCAGAAGAUGUGGGAAGUAGCAAUAAGUGAAUUGAUCGAGUUGGGUCUGCUUUGCACUCAGGAGGCUCAAUCUACUAGGCCAUCUAUGCUUGAUGCGGCUGAUGACUUGAACCGCUUGAAGAGAUACCUCGAUGGUGAUACGACUGCAACAUUUGCCUCUUCACUUGGGAUAUCAUCUUCUACUAUUGAUGAUCAGGACUAGUAAUUCCUAAUUCUGUUGUACAUAAAUUGAGAUGCCAUUAAUUGUUUAAGUAACAUUUUAUACCACCAAAAGCUUCAACUUA